GAUUUCUGGCCAGUUUCUGCCUUCUAAGGAGGGCAGCCUGCGUAAACUGGUUGUCAAUUCAUCGAGUCCGGGAAGCGACCCAGUCAAGUUAACUUGUCCUGCUCGUUCCCAAGUGAACGCCUCGCAACACACGAAUUGAGUAUGGAUUUAAAUAUGGAAUCCAUGUCUGCCGCGAUCGGGGUAUCUAUCCCUGUGCUGCGGUUCCUGCUCUGCUUCGUGGGAACAAUUCCAGUGAGUUUCAUCCAUCGACUCGUACCUUGUAAACUCGGAAAACACCUAUUUGCGGCCUUGUCUGGAGCUUUUCUCUCGUAUCUCUCAUUCGGGUUUCACUCAAAUCUGCAUUUUUUGGUGCCCAUGUUGCUGGGUUACGCUUCCAUGCUUCUGUUUCGCCCCUACUGUGGAAUCCUUACGUUCAUACUGGGAUUUGGCUACCUCAUUGGGUGCCAUGUAUAUUACAUGAGUGGAGAUGCAUGGAAGGAAGGAGGAAUUGAUGCCACUGGGGCCUUAAUGGUUUUGACGCUGAAAGUCAUAUCAUGCUCAAUAAAUUACAAUGAUGGGUUAUUAAAGGAGGAGGAAUUACGGGAGUCUCAGAAGAAAAACCGGCUGAUUAGACUGCCCUCAUUGAUUGAGUACUUUGGUUACUGCCUGUGCUGUGGUAGUCACUUUGCUGGUCCUGUUUAUGAAGUGAAGGACUAUAUUGAAUGGACUGAAAGGAAGGGGUUAUGGGCUUGUACAGAGGGAGUACCCUCACCAUCACCAUAUGGUGCAACAAUUCGAGCUCUUAUUCAAGCUGCUUUUUGCAUGGCCCUGUAUCUAUACCUGGUGCCUUACUUUCCUUUGUCCCAGUUCACUAAUCCUGUAUACCAAGAAUGGGGCUUCUGGAAACGGCUGAGUUACCAGUAUAUGUCAGGCUUCACAGCACGUUGGAAAUACUAUUUCAUCUGGUCAAUUUCUGAGGCCUCUAUAAUUAUCUCUGGCCUGGGUUUUAGCGGUUGGACAGAUACUUCUCCACCAAAGCCACGAUGGGAUCGUGCCAAAAAUGUUGAUAUUUUAGGUGUUGAGCUUGCCAAGAGUUCAGUUGAGCUGCCACUUGUGUGGAACAUACAAGUCAGCACAUGGCUUCGCCACUAUGUUUAUGAAAGACUUAUCCAGAAGGGCAAAAAACCAGGUUUCUUUCAGUUGUUGGCAACUCAGACCACCAGUGCUGUUUGGCAUGGAUUGUAUCCCGGAUACAUCAUAUUCUUUGUCCAGUCAGCUUUAAUGAUUGCUGGUUCAAGAGUCAUAUACAGAUGGCAACAAGCUAUACCCCUGAAUCUAAUCAAGAACAUGCUAGUGUUUGUGAACUUCGCUUACACAAUUUUGGUUCUUAAUUACUCCUGUGUUGGUUUCUUGGUAUUAAGCUUGCAUGAAACACUUGCGGCAUAUGGCAGUGUAUAUUUCAUUGGCACCAUUGUGCCCAUAAUAUUGAUCCUUCUUGGCAACAUAAUUAAACCAGCAAAGCCUGGCAGGCCGAAAGCUCGGAAGGACCAGUGAGGUAGAAACUGCUGCCUCUUUUCUCCUUCAAGUUCAAAGUUCUUGAAAUGGGAUCUUGAGAAUGGCAGAUAAUUAUCAGUUCCUUCAACUGUUAAUUUGUAACAGUUGUUUUUAUUUUCUUGUCUUGGGAAUUGUUACCAUUGCCAAAUUUAAACUUAAGUGCCAAGUUCUUACGUUCUUCCAA